AUGGCAACACCGCGUGCUCAGCAUUCGGCACGUAAUCUAAAAGAUGAUAUUAAAAAUAGUAUGCGUAAAACAACACGAUCAAAAGAACGAAAUGCAUCUCACAUGCCACCACUACCUAGAUCUAUCGCUUAUCUCGAUACAUACUCCUUUUUUUUUUGUCACAGUAUGUCCAUUAAUAUAUUAAUACAUAUCUAUUUAGUUAAUGUUGAUUUAUAA